CGCCGAUUAAGUGAGGCUGCACUGCUCUAUCUUUCCUCCAUCAGCGUCCAUUUUUGCUUUUUCCUUUUUCCUUUUAAUACCUCCGCUUCGUGUCAGCUUGCCUAGGACUUUCCUGUAUAAUUGUCAUUACUUUAUUUAUACUGCUCUCAGGCUGACAUAACCUGAUUUUCACUUAUAUAGCUUGCGCUUCGUAUUGCUUCCCAGCACAGAAUCCUCGUUGGCCCUUCACCCCAAAAGCUAAAGCACCUUUACUGCUUGCUCCUUCGCAACUACCUCGUUUCAAUUCUCAAAACGAUGGCUUCAAAUCGAGCACGUCGUAUCGCCAAGGAGAUUGCCGACAUACAUGCGGACACGCACUCGCAAAUCACCGCGGAGCCGGUAGGGAACGACGACGAUAUCACACACCUCCGCGGGACCUUCCCAGGUCCGCCGGGGACUCCGUACGAAGGUGGUACAUAUGCAGUGGACAUCAAGAUCCCCACCGACUACCCGUUCCGGCCCCCUGUGAUGAAGUUCCAAACCAAGGUCUGGCACCCGAAUGUCAGCAGUCAAACGGGCGCGAUAUGCCUGGAUACCCUAUCCACCGCCUGGUCGCCCGUCCUGACCAUCAAAUCCGCUCUCCUCUCACUGCAGUCACUACUGAGCACGCCAGAACCGAAGGACCCGCAGGACGCGGAGGUCGCGCAGAUGCUGUUGCGCCAUCCCAAGGAGUUCGCCCGGAAGGCCCAGGAUUGGGCGGUCAUAUAUGCGGGGGCGCCGAGAAAAUACGCGGGAGAGGGCAGUGGCGGCGCGACGGAUGAGACCCUGCGCGAGCUGGAGCUCAAGUCUAAGGCGGAGCAGGAGAAGGAGGAUCUCGCCAAGUAUGAUGGCUACAACAAAGACCUGAUCGACCGCUUCUGUAGCAUGGGUUUCGACGUCGACCGCGUGGUAGCGGCGUUCAAAUACUAUGGCAUCGAUCGGAUGGAGGGCGAGGAUUAUGAGCUGGAGGAGGCUUACAUGGGGGACGUCACUGCACGGCUGCUGGGUGAGCCGUAAGAAAGACCUAGACAGACCACAUUCACAGACAGCUUUAGCUUUUCUUUUUCUCGGGAUCAAGUGUUGAGCUUUGAGGAUUUGCUGUUUGAUCGAGCGCUCUAAUUUCUCGUUUGAGCUUUUUUUCAUAUAUCCAGCUAUUCAUCCAUUUGCGUUAUUUAGAAUCUGAUGUUUUGAGUGAUUAAGCCAAUGAGACAUGUGCAUCGGCAAGAAGUUGGUG